AUGUCAGCUAGAUGUAACUUGUCGGAGGAGGGCAAAGAAGACGACUCCGACGAAGGCGACCAUGAGACGUGGUUCCCAGGGAAGAGGGUGUCGAGAACGCGGCAAUACUCUUCUUGUAUACUUCGGCAGGCCCUGCCAACAACAUCCCCUAUCAAGCUAAGGCAUUGCCCGCAGACAUCGAACUGCAACUAUGGCGAAGCCGACGAAGAGCAAGGUUUCCGAGACGACAACAACAGCACUCAUUCGUAUACGUCGGAAUCCACUCGCAGCGGGACGUGCAACAGUGACGAAGAGCCAGAAAGCAAGAGGGAGAACAUUUGGGGCGGAGAUACUGGGGCCACAAUCAUGGUGGAAAGAGGACAACAUGGUGAUGAUGGCGACAUCGCUCUCGUUGCUGCUCCCGUGCACGCCUCGUCGCCUCUGCUAUCAUUGCCGGGACCACCUGGUCCGAGGUCUCGUGAGCAAGCGGGGAAAGCAUCGUCAUCAUCAACGGUGAUGAUUAGGGACCACACCUUUUCCGUGUCUCCACAGGCGCGGGAUUCUGCCCCAUUGAGUCUCUCUCCUCAGCCUGUUGCCGUAUUCCGUUCAAGAAACAGCAACUACACCCGAUCCUCCCAACACAAGCACUCGUCCACAGCGAUUCAUGAGCCGCGCGCCCGAUGCGGUUGCCGUGGACUCACUGUGCGUAUUGAUUCUGGUCCUCUUGGCCUCUCCCUGGAGGCCAGCUACCGAGUGGGGGAGACGAUUGUGUUGAAACAGGCGUGGAGUGACUGUGCCGCAGACAGUGGGAUGUUCGCGCAUUCCAUGCUUGUAUCAAACUUUCCGGGGAAGGUGGACGACGACCAAGUCAGGGUCUUGGAUCUAGGGCUCGACGGUAGAUCGUCAUCAUCAGGCCUCAUCAAGGUUCGGGCGGUAGGCCUCGAACGUAACCACGCGACGACGACCGUUCACACUCGCCAAGGCAGCAUGCUCAACGGAGCGCCUUCUCCUCCAAACGAAUCACGCGGGAGCGUCGUGGGAGUCCUCGAGCUGGAUGAAGGAGAUAUACUUGUUCGUGUGGACAAUGUGCAGGUGACGAAGAAAAGCUUUACAGAGGUUGCCAGCCUUUUGGAUCAAGCGGAACGCCCGACCCGCCUCACUUUCGUUCGACACGCGUGUGGGCGAAGGUUUGUCGGCCGUGAUAACGGCUAUGGCGGCGGUGGAACAUGCCGCGGUGCAGCUCGACACAAGCCCCCCUGUCGGGUCGCUUACUGUGGUGGUUGGGAUGGGUGCUGCGGGAUGAUGGGCAAGUCGGGAUGUGGGGGCAAGCAGCCGCCGAACGCCUCGUGCGUUGGUCGGGUGGUUUCAAGUCCUUCGCCAAAGAUUGAGACCGAAGCGGAUGGGUGUCCAGUGGCGGUGAUACUGCGUGCACGACGGCAACUCCGAUCGGGCGGUAUGGAGCAGUGGCACGAAUUGGUAGCGUCAAGAGGGCACCUUUGGCAAAGACUGCUGAGGAAUCUCUCGCCAGACUCUCACUCGGAUCGGUCGGGCGGCGGAGGACAUGUAUGUCCUGCGCACUUCGCGGGAGGGGCCAAACACGCCGUGUUCAGAGUCGCUUUCGCCACGGCAUCCACGCUGCAGUUCGUGUCCGGCAUAAGCUACAUGGCAGCGCUGGUGCUCGUUCAAGAGCCCCUGGAAGCCAUGGCUUACGCGACGUUGGUCACCUUGCUUCAGGAGCGAGUGAUGCAGGCUCUGUUUCCGCUAGGCGACGUCGACCUCCUCGACGCGUACCACUUGUGCGGGGGUCGUGUGGUGACUUUUCGCGCGUUCGGUGCUGCUCGGAGCCCAACGCCCUCCGAACCUGCUGCUAGGGGGAAGAGCGGUGAUGGCCAAUAUCCGUUUCGUGGCCAGGGGCACCGACGCAUGGCGGAAGGAGAUACCCGUUCCAAAGUGGUCAGCGCCGGUUCUCCCCGGGAGGACAAAGCCACCACUAUACGCGACACCGGUGGUGCGGACAGGGCCUGUGGAUGGCAAAUGGGCGAACUGGAGGAAGAGGUGGUCGUGGGCGAGAUGCUGCCGCGGCUCGUGCGCAUCUUCGGGAAGGCUUUGAAGCGACGGUUGCCGGCACUUCAUGGCCACCUGUGCAAGGAGGCGAUUCCGAUGUCGUUCCUGUGCGCGGAGUGGUUCACCACGGCGUACGCGCGCAAUACCCCCCUGCCCUUGGCGCUCUGCGCCCUUGACCUGUUCCUUGUGCGUUUGGACGACGUCAUGAUCCGUUUGGGCCUCGCUAUCCUUGAGGUGUUAGCACCAUCCUUGAAGAUGCUGAACGGGUUGGAGAUCUUGCUACAGUACGGAAACCUCACGGCGAACGUUUCUUUUCAAGAGGUGCUGCGGUGUGCGCUGGCCACGCAGAGCACAAGGGUCUCGAUGGGGGCAACGAAGAUCAGUACGACACUUCUUCUUCCAGAGCGCAUGACCACUUGGAGUCCAAGCCGAGGUCGUCGCUUUCGGGGGAUGUACGCGUAG